AUGGUCAUGUUCCUGCCUCUGGAAGCCGAACCUGUUGCCGAGCGUGGAGAUUCUUCAGACGGCAACAUGGGACCACGGCGCGUCGUCGACGACAAGGCGAUACACGUUAUUGUAGUUGUGGAUAAAUCCUCCUUGGAUAUGCCCUCGCCCACGAGCACGGAGUCGUCGCUGAACGAGACCAUGCCGAAGCGCGCCCGAGGACAGAACGGAGCCUUUGGUGCCACAUUCCUCCGCUCGCCCAGCGGGGACAUGAUCCCGGCGUCGCGGAAGUCCGAGAAGCCGCCGCUGGCCGCCCGUGAGCACAAGGGAGCCGUUCGGACAGGCGCGCCGUGCUGUGCAGGAACCGCCUGUGCCACGGCGGGGAGGGCAGCGCGGCCAACAAGCCGUCCGAGGCCAAGCUCCACACGUCGUUGUACACGCUAA